UCGCAUAUUUUCUUUCUCUUGCUUUUUUUUAAUCUUUUGUCAUCUUCUUUCUUCUUUUACUUGAAAUUGAGCAUGUCGGUAACCCCCUUUCUUUGAAUCAAUUGCGACUCUCCAUUCAAUCAAUUACAACUGCAACAAUGAUCCAUCCUUUUUGUUCAACCAAUUACAUCAACAACAGCCACCCAUUCUGGCGCAUGUUCGUAAACCUCCCCGAUUGUUACACAAUCCCAAAUCUAAGCCUUCAACAAUCUAUUCAUCGUUGAUUCUGAUAUAUUGGUCAUUGAUUACCAUUGAAAAACUUUCAAUGGUUGGAAAAUUAUCUUCCACUUGUGUUUUUUAUAUAGAGAUGUACCUAAUUUUGAAGUAGAGUUUAUCCAUCAAGAUUUCAUAAAAGUUUUGCUAUAUGUGGAUAUGAAUCGACGCUUUGGUUGGCAUAAUCACCCCUCCAUUGCCAAUAUGUUUUUUGUUUGAGAAGAAUGAGAAAAGUUGGAUGAAAAUGAAUGAAGUUAAUGGGUGAGGGCGGGGUUGAGGACCCGAGAGGUGUCCUGUGUCAAGUUUGAGAGGUGACAUGUGGUAGAGGAGAGAGCAGAGGAGAAAUUGAGAGCGGAGAUGAGCGACUUCGGUGAAAAGAGUGUGUAAAUUUUUCAUUAGAGAGGUUGCGUGAAGAUAUCAACGAAGAGAAGAAGAAAAAAUAGAAAAAUAAAAAUACACUUUUUUUUUUUCAAAAAGAAUUGCAAUGUGUUCAAACGAAAUAAUGUUGAAUGAUUCAUUUGCCUUUUGUCACAUGCUGGAUUGCCGUGUAUGUCUAGCCGCAGUAUUCUCAUACAGGGUGUUUAUUAGACAGCAACUCUUCUCAAAAUGGAACGCAGUUUUCAACAUUUAUCGCAUCGUGUUCUCCAUCAAGCGACUCUUGGAUUCUGUAACACAGUUCAAGUACUGGACAUUUCUUUAACAAUGUGGUCCAAAUUCUCUAUCAAUGUUUCAAACUAAUUCUGUACCUCCAAGUCAUGAACUACAAACACUUGCAAAUCCUGUUGCGCCAAAGUAAAUCUCUUGCUUUUCUAAAACAAAUCCACGCUCAAGCAGUAAUGCUUGCACUUCUCCACGAUCACCAACCUUUUGUGUGCAAAUUGCUUAACUCUUACGCCAAAUUCGGAACCUCACAGGAACCCAACACCCUCUUCAGUCAAAUUCAAAACCCAGAUAUAGUUUCAUGGACAUGUCUCAUUAAUCUUCACGUGGAAACUGGAGAACCCAGUAUAGCUUUGUGGGUAUUUUCUCGUUGAAUUUGUAGUAAUAUAAAACCUGAUAAGUAUUCUGUUGUUGCUGCUUUGUCAGCGUGUAAACGUAUGAAAAAUUUAGCUUUUAGUAGGAUAGUUCAUGGGAUAAUCGUCAUGUUUUCAUUAGGGGUGGACCCAAUUAUGGGUAAUGCGCUGAUUGAUUUUUAUAGCAAGAAUAAAGAUAUUGAAUCGGCUCUGAAAGUUUUUAAAUGUAUGGAAUUUAGAGAUAUUGCUUCAUGGAAUAGUUUGCUUAAUGGGUUUGUAAUGGUCAAUGAUUUGGAGUCUUCGCGCUGGGUUUUUGAUGAAAUGCCUGAGAGAAAUUCAGUUUCUUGGAAUGCAAUGAUAACGGGUUAUGUUCGGGGGUGGGAAAUAGUUGAGGCAUUGAAACUUUUUAGGGAUAUGAAAGCAGGAGGGGAGUAUUGUACGGUGAUUACGAUUGUGGCUGUAUUGUCAGGUUGUGCUGACAUUGGAGCUCUUGAUUUUGGUAAAUGCAUUCAUGGUUAUGUCAAUAAAAGUAACCUUGCUUUUGGUGUUACCGUGAAUAAUGCUUUAAUGAAUAUGUAUGCAAAAAGUGGAUGUCUUGAUGUGGCAUUAAAGGUAUUUAGUGAGGUACGGGAGAAGGAUGUAUUUCCAUGGACUACUUUAAUAUCAGGAUAUGCACUUCAUGGUAAAGGGAAGAAUGCUCUUGAGGCUUUUGGUGACAUGACAGAAUCGAAUAUCAAACCAAAUGAGGUUACAUUUUUGUCAGUUUUAUCUGCUUGUAGUCAUGCAGGGUUUCUUGUUGAGGGUCAGAGAUUGUUCAAUAGGAUGAACCAGUUCUAUAGUUUGAAACCCAAGAUUGAGCAUUAUGGGUGCAUGGUGGAUCUUCUUUGCCGAGCUGGGCUUUUAGAAGAAGCUAAAGAUUUUAUUGAACUGAUGCCAAUUAACCCAGAUGCCAUUAUCUGGAGAUCAUUACUUAGGGCUUGUUUGGUGUAUGGGAACUUGAAUUUAGCUGAAAUGGCUGCAAAAAUGUUAAUUGAAUUAGAACCAGAUGAUGAUGGGAUUUAUAUACUAUUACGGAAUAUUUAUUUUGCUGCAAAUAGGCAGGAAGAUGCAUUAAAGAUGAGGAUGUGGAAGCGAAAUCAAAAAGUAAAGAAAAAAUAUGGGUCUAGUUGGGUUGAGGUGAAUGGUGUUACUCAUGAAUUCACAACUGAAUAUGUGAUGCACCACGCCAAAACAGAAUCUUUCUUGGUUCUGGAAGGAAUCAAUGAGCAAAUACAGUUGGAUGGCCAAUUUUUCUUUUUGGAACGAAAGUAGACAAUUAUGUUGACGGUGAAUCAUGUUUGGAAGACAUUAGGGGCAUUGAGGACCUAUGAUAGGUAAUAAUUCAUUCAUCUCUGUUUUUUAUAUUUUUACAAGCAUUCUGUUUUUAUAUUUGGUACUGUACUUUGUUUACUGGGAUCAAAAACUAUGUAAUUAACUCAAAACUAUGAUUUAUGACAGAAUUUGCUCACCAUUAAAAAGGUUACCUUCUGCCUGGGGUAAUAAUAGCUUGAUGGUAUGGCUUUGAUUGUUUUAUUGACAACUUUAUUAGUACCAUUUCAGGUUUUCAAGCAAGGGAACAAGACUACAGACUCCACAAAUUUAUAGAACAGUUUGUUAAGUUUCUUCUAGGGGUCUGUAGAACUCAUUGCAAAGAUAAACAGUUUCUUUUGACAUGAUUUCUCUCGAGAAACGCAGCAUUCAGUUACCUGGUUUGAAGCAUAUCGCUGGCUUGUCAAUAGAACUUCUAAAACGGGCAGGUUGGUCAAUUCAGGCCAGCUUAGCUUGUCCUCCACAACUCUUCAACCUUUGAAUAGAGAUCAUGUUGUCCAUCGCCGAUCUCUAUAAGUACAAGCUCUUCUAAUUCAUUUUCACAUGAAAGCAGCAGUGAUAACAAUGAAGUCUACAUUAGCAGUACUCAGCUCCUUCCUUAUCUUUGCCUUUGUAACAAGGUCAUUGCCUGUGGCAGCCAGUGCUGCACCUGAUCCAGUGCUUGACAUCGGUGGCCAGAAUCUUCACACAGGCACCAACUAUUACAUCUUGCCAGUUGUUCGUGGGAAAGGCGGUGGUCUUACUCUUGCCAGCACUGGAAAUGAAACCUGUCCUCUCGAUGUCGUUCAGGAGCAACAUGAGGUAAAAGAUGGCCUACCACUAACAUUUUCACCUGUGAACCUCACAAAAGGCGUUGUCCGUGUAUCCACUGAUAUGAACAUCAAGUUCUCCGCUGCAACGAUCUGUGUCCAAUCAACAGUGUGGAAGCUUGACAGCCAUGAUGACUCUCUGGGACAAUGGUUCGUGACAAGUGGGGGAGUCGAAGGUAAUCCUGGCCGCGAAACAACCAGCAACUGGUUUAAGAUCGAGAA